GUCGCAACGAGCCAAGGAAAAUCAUAAAACCCACAACUGGUCUAUGGCAAACAAGGCAUUGCAAACAUUGAUGUAUUGAUCUCAGGCAGAGCAGAGGUCACCAACCACAGCACGUUUAUCAGAGCUAAUUGAACACCCAACUCAAUCCGUGUCAGGAUGAAUCCUAUCAACACCAAGCCUUACGCACUCCCGUCGAAUGCAACCUGGUUGAUCACCGGCUGCUCAUCAGGCAUCGGCCGUGCGAUAGCUGAAUUGAUCGCUAGCAAGCCGACCCAGCGCCUUAUAGCCACGGCUCGCAAGCCAGCAGACCUCUCCUACCUCCCUGAUGGGAAUGCCAACAUCCUCAAGCUUGCCUUGGACGUGACGUCGGCUGCUUCGGUCGACGCUGCUUUCACGGCUGCUGCUGAGCACUUUGGCAAAGAUUUCCACCUCGACGUCGUGGUGAACAAUGCCGGGUACUCUCUCUCGGGUGACACCGAGUCUGCCACGGAAGAGGAGAUGCACCAGGAGAUGGAGACUCUAUUCUUUGGCACAGUGCGCGUGACGACGCGUGCUAUUGCUGUCAUGCGACAAGAUAAGACCGAUGACGGCGUCCAUCGCGGCGGCAUCGUGUUCAACAUCUCCUCGCUGGCGGGAAUCGUCGGCUUACCCGGACACUCGUUUUACCACGCGGGCAAAUUCGCUGUCGAGGGCUGGUCUGAGUCUGUGGCGAGGGAGAUGCAUCCGGAUUGGAAUGUCAACUUCUGCAUUGUCGAGCCCAGCGGCGUAAAAACCAACUUCGAAGGCCACUCAAAAGCGCACACGGCGCCGCACCCCGCGUAUCAAGAUCCCUCCAUGCCAGCGCGCAGACUCGAGUUCUACGUCAAUGCUGGCAUUAAAGCCGGUGGUGGUGGUCUCCUUAUCGAGCCGUCUGCGCUGGCGGAGACGCUUUUCAUGAUUGCGGCCAGGGGCGAAAAGGUCCCGCUUCGCCUUCCGUUGGGUGCGACGGCGUGGAAGAUGAUUAAGGGGAAGGUUGAGGGGCUUCUGGGGGAGUUGGAGGUGGUUAAGGAGAUUAGUGGGAUGGGGAAGGACCUUUGACUCGCAGUGAUUGAUGUGCGUGGGGAGUGGAUGGCUGGGAAAUGGUUCACCAGGGUUACUAUUUUGCUUCGCCUACCAGAUACCUAUUUUACCCGCAGAACACGAAAGAAGGUGGAUGGUCUUCCAGAAGUGCUCAUUUCUUUGGCCCUGUUCUCCAUUAUUGCCAUCCUUUAAGCUCAUAGGUCCAAUCUUUCC